GCCAAAAUCUUCAGUAAACUAUUUCUGUCAAGCUGUGUGUGCAUCUGUGCAUGUGUGUGUCUUUGGCUUUUUCUUGGUGUUUGGUCUAGCUUCUAAGAUUCUUUCAUUAUGAGCUUCAGCUCCAAACAUACCACUACAACGAUGUAUUCCAAAGGGAGAAGCAGCAGUGGUAGCUGUGUCACUGGUGGUAGUGGUGCAAGGGCUAAUUCUGGAAGAUGUUCCUCUCCUGCUAGAUGUGGUAUGUCUGCAAGGAGCUACUGCGGUGGAAUGAGUUAUGGGGGAAGUGGCAUUGACAGUAGCUUUGCUGGAGGUGCUCUAGGUUGUGGGUAUGGUGGUGGGUAUGGCACGAACCGCUUUGGGCAUCAUGGAAGUGGAUUUGGUAUUUGCAAUGAGGCUCCUUUGCUCUCCUGCGAUGAAAAGAUGACCAUGCAGAAUCUCAAUGACCGCCUGGCAUCUUACCUGGACAAAGUGCGAUGCUUGGAGGAAGAAAAUGGUCAACUCGAGUGCAAAAUUAAGGAGUGGUAUGAUCGACAAGGCCCAAUCAAUGAGGCAAAGGAUUAUGGCUCUUACUACCAACAAAUUGAAGACCUUAAAAAUCAGAUUGUUUGUGCCACUGUUGAAAACAGCAAGCUUGUCCUGGAUAUUGAUAAUAAUCGGAUGACUGCAGAUGACUUCAGAAUGAAGUAUGAGACUGAGCUGGCCCUUUGUCAGAAUGUGGAAGCUGAUAUUAAUGGCUUACGCCAAGUCCUGGAUCAAUUGACCCUAUGUAGAUCUGACCUUGAGGCACAACUUGAGUCUCUCCGGGAGGAGCUGUGUUGCCUGAAGAAGAAUCAUGAGGAGGAAUCAAAGCACCUGAAGAAACAAUCCAGUGGGGAUGUCAGUGUGGAGGUCAAUACUUGCCCAGGGCCUGACCUGAAAAAGGUCCUGGAUGAGCUGAGAUGCCAAUAUGAAAACAUGAUUGAGAAUAACCGUAGAGAAGUUGAGAAGUGGUAUGAAAGCAAGAUGGAGGAAGUGAAUCUGGAGGUCUGCAAUAGCAGCAAAGAAGCUGAAGAUUGUAAUAACCAAAUUGUUGACCUGAAACGCCAGCUGCAAACUUUAGAAAUUGAUCUACAGGCUCAACUUAGUUUGAGGGAUACGCUGCAAGACUCUUUGGCUGAGACAGAAUGUCGCUAUAAUGGCCACUUGGCUGAAAUACAGAACCAAAUCUCUUGUGUGGAGCAGCAACUAGGAGAGCUGAGGGCAGAGAUGGAGUGCCAGAACCGAGAAUAUAGAGAGCUUUUGGAUGUCAAGUGUCGCCUGGAACAGGAGAUCCAAACGUACCGUUGUCUGUUAGAAGGAGGACAGCAUGAUAUUGCCACUGGCCACAGCAGUGGCAGCUCAGCAGGUGGGAUUUCCAGACAGUCCAGCGGAAGUACAACUAGAUCCUCUCCAAUCCGUUCUCAUCCCGAUUCAAAAGGACACAACAGAUAAACCUGGAAGGAAAAUUGAAUUUUCCACAAAAAUUGCCAAUGCAACUCUUAAUUUUCUGACUUGAAAUCUAUAAGCAAGAGAAGACUUCCUUCGAGCAGUUGAACAUUUUUCAUGCCAACUAUUUAGUUCCAGAGCACCCUCAAAAUUCAUCAUCUUAUUCCCUCUUUCUACAAAGUGUAUGGUGUUGCCCCAGCCACCUGUCUUACUGUAUUGGCAUCAUGGGGUAGAUUUGGGGCAUACUGUUGUAAAGGGGCCUUUAAUAAAACUAUGCUUCUGCCUGAUGCAAACAAAAUCUGUGUCUUUGCCUCA